GGUGGGGAGCAGACAAUCUAACCUGCUUCUCCUUCUGAGUCAUAGAAUAACCCCUCCCACGGCCUUGGACCGUUAAAUAACCAUGCUGCAUGUUCCCCUCUCGGAGGCAGCCGAAGCUGAUCAAAGAAGCGGGAGAAGGAAGGGCAGCAGGCGUGCGCAGGGGGGAUGGACGAACCAAGGGGUACCAAGCUGAGAAAAUAUUGUCACCUCAAAUACAUUAUCAUAGGCUUAUUCUUGGUGGUGGCUCUUAUUACUUUAAUCGCUGUGGCUAUCACACAGAAUUUAUCUUCCACCAGGAACAGUAAAUAUGGGAUUGUGUUGGAUGCUGGUUCUUCCCACACUAAUGUGUAUGUGUAUAAAUGGCCAGCUGAGAAAGAGAAUAACACAGGAGUGGUACAACAGAUUCAUGUAUGUGAAGUAGAAGGUCCAGGAAUCUCAUCAUAUGCCAAUGCUGUGGAAAAUGCCAGUGCUCCCCUAAAGCACUGUAUGGAUUCAGCGAAGGAGAUUGUGCCACAGGGAAAGCAUCAGGAGACUCCUGUUUAUCUAGGGGCAACAGCUGGCAUGCGGCUGCUGAGUUUGAAAAAUAAGGAUGCUGCUAGAAGGGUCCUUUCUGCAGUAGAGGAAACAUUGCAUAUAUAUCCCUUCAAGUUCCAGGGUGCCAGGAUUCUCAGUGGUGGUGAAGAAGGUGCCUAUGGCUGGAUCACCCUCAAUUACUUGCUGGGCAAAUUCACAGAGUCUAUCUGGCCAAAAGUACUGGGCCAUACUUUCUUCAAGAGUAGGACGACAGGAGCACUGGAUCUUGGAGGAGCAUCUACACAGAUUACCUUUGUACCAGACCCAGAUAAGAUUGAAUCAACAGCAGAUAUAGUAAACUUCCAUCUCUAUGGCAAGGAAUACGUGGUAUAUACACAUAGCUUCUUAUGUUAUGGGAAGGACCAGGCUCUUCGCCUCAAACUGUUACAUGAUGUUCUUUCUUCAACAACUGACAGACUCCAGGACCCAUGUUUCCACCAAGGAUAUGCAAGGACACUUAAUGUUUUUGACCUGACCACAAAUCCCUGCACAGCACGUAACUUCACUGUAUCAUACUCUCAGAUCCAAAUUCAAGGUGUUGGGAAUUAUGAAAAAUGCUUAGCAAGCAUCCAGAGAAUCUUUAAUACUCAAGACUGUGUUUACUCCAGCUGCUCAUUCAAUGGCAUUUUCUUGCCUGAGGUGUCUGGAGAAUUUGGGGCAUUUUCUGCUUUCUACUAUGUAAUGAAUUUUCUGAAUGUGACCCAAAAACCUAUGAACCAAGUGAUAGAGACAGUGAAGAGCUUUUGCUCCAAAUCCUGGAAUGAGGUGAAAGUCGAAUUUCCUAAGGUAAAAGAGAAGUACUUGAGUGAGUACUGUUUCUCAAGUACUUAUAUUAUCUCACUGCUUGGCCAGAGAUACAACUUCACUAAGGAAAAAUGGCAGAAUAUCCACUUCCUGGAGAAGAUUCAAAAGAGUGAUGCAGGAUGGACUCUGGGCUAUAUGCUAAACCUUACCAACAUGAUCCCUGCAGAGCAACCCUACACAUACCUAUUAUCCCACACAAGCUUUAUCAGCUUCAUAGUCAUCUGCUCUGCUCUAGUGAUGUCUCUGCUCUUCAUAGGCUGGAUGAUUUAUCGCAAACCAAAGUGCCUUAGAAAGGAAAUAAUUUAGAGUGCAGAAGGCAGCUUGGCAUGUCUGUGGAAACACUGUGGUCAAGAUCAGAGGGUUGUACUUUCCCACUCUGCUCUGCUGAAAUAACUAAUUUAUAUGAGGGCUUUCUGUGCCAUUUACUCUGGCACUAACAGAUGCCAAAACAACAGCAUGUUACCACCCUGUUCAUCUCCCUCAGACUGAAGACUCACUUCUCAUCCUACUCUAAGUGAAGGUUGACAAUAAGUUCUUGCACGUUGUAUUGAAACAAAGACUGCUUCUCAGGUAUGCCACUUCAUAUAUUGCUUUGUUCCUGGAAAUACAGCACAGGAACAUCCAGCCAGAAAUAAUGGACUGAACACUGCAAGGACAAACUUAGAUUGGUAGGUGCAGCUGUUCUUUGGAUUGUGUAUUUUCUUUCAUUCUACUGGAAGAUCUAGAAGUAUGCAGAAAUAACUACCUACUGGCCCCACUCUAUCAGUUCUGAAGUAGUCCUUUAUCAGAUUUGUAGUAUGUCCUCUGUGAAAGAGGUUGGAAGUGAAAACUUUUGACAAUAGCUUAUCAAUUGCUGGGAGAAGAAGGGAGGAACAGCCCAAAGUACUCUCUACUAAAAGCUGAAGAACAAAAUGCAACUUAUGAAUUUGCAGCUUGACCAGAAAAAGGAGCAGUAAAUUAUUCCUGAUGUGUAACAGUUGAUACCUGAGUAACAGGCCUUGCACUGAUGAACUGUUCGUGAACUGUUUGGAUUCAUUAUCAGCUGCCUUAUGUAAGUUAUAUAGUUUCUGAACAUUGAAGCUCGAUUUCACAAUGUAUAUUAACAAAGGCCAUUGGUAUUAUUAUCCUUCAAAAAGUGUUUGUGUUCGGGGAGAGGUACACAGUCCCUUUGCAACAGAAUUCACAUCCCUGCAAUGUGGAAGUUCUCAAGAGCAGAACCUGUGGACUUUCUCCCUUCUUUCAAGUACCGAAGGAAUAUUCCUAGGGAAAAAAAAACAAAGUGUGAAUUGAUUUGCACUGGGGUUUUAUUGAAAAUUAGGAAUUAAUAUAGUCAAAGCAUUUCCAGACUUCCUCUGACAAAUGAGCCAGUCUGUUGAUUAGCAAGCCUAAGCUAUCCUCUGGUAAUAUUGUUGAUCCAGCAACAUUUGAACAUAUCCUUAAUCAACAGACAACCUAUCUGUACAUCUGUGCCACUCUUAUGAAAGCCUUAUUUGCCAUUUGCUUCAGGUUAGCAAUGCCCCUGCCAAUCUCAACUCUUCUGGAGGACCAGAUCAGUUGAAUAAUCCUGUCAUCCAGCAAUAAUAAUAUGGCUGUGUUUUAGUUGGGGAAGAUUCGUGUGGGCAGAGCUGAUACAUGUGGUCAAGCAGAGUUUGAAGGGAAUCCGCUGGUCUCAGACAGAUUAACUGGCUUUCAUCCACCAGCUUUCCUGGCUUCAACAGAUUAAGUGUGUCUUGUAUUCCAAAUUAGAUCAGGUCUGAGUGUUUAAAUAACUUCAGGAUGGUAGAAUCACAUAGGGGAAAACAUUGUGGGGAGAUAAUCACAGAUCCAGAGGCUAAUAGUUGAUCUAGCAGACAUCUGAUACUGGCACUGAAGUGACUUUUAACAGUUAAGAUUGAUGCAGGUAAUUUUCAUGCUGUUGGCUAAUCUAAGAAAUCUGUUUUUAUUUUAGCACAUAUUUAUAUUCAGGAUUAUAGAAACAUUGUUUAGCAUAAUGGAGAGGUGGUUCAUACAUGUUAAGCAUUGGUCUGUUUGGGGCAUGUUUUUCUUAAACCAUAGUAGCUUGUUUUGUACAUUAAUUAACUAUAAACCAUGUUUUAUAAACUACAGUGUCUGGGUUCACACAUUGCACUAAGUCAUGAUGUGGUUUGUUUGGUUUUGGCUUAGUACAAUGUGUGACUCUAGAGUUAGCAUGAACUCUACACGGCCCUUCUUAUUUAACACAGGAAGUUUUUGAACAAUAAGAUUCCCCACCUCAGGAAUUUUAUUUCAAACAAGCAUAAUUUUGACAAGUAAUAAAAUGGCUUACCAUUUAAAAGAGUUUGCAAAGAAGGGAAAGAGAAUAGAACUUAAAAUCUGAUGUAUGAGAAGCACAAAAACAGUAUGCUCCAUUAGAACUUGAAUGGGAAAUGCUAACUCAGAGUAUGCAACAUAUAACAAUUUAUGCCAGGUAGGUAUUAACCACAUUUAUGUGUCAGAAUUGUUGGGAAUCUUGGUUUAGUGAGAAUGAGCAGUAUAUACCAUGCUACAUAUUCCCACACUGAUUACUCAAAAUAAGAAUUCAUUUUGUACUGAUUUUUAAAAAGAAUUUUCAGUAAUCACCAAAUACAUCCAUGUUUGAUGAGUUGCAUUUAAACUGACCCAUCUUUGACCAUUCAGGAACUUGCCUAGACAAAAGAUGGAAUAAAUGAAUAACAAUAAAUGAAUAACAAUGUCCUACAUACUUCCCAGCUACUUCAGAAUCUUAAUAGGAAAAAAAUCAGUUUCUGUAUCUUUAUGCCUUACUCCUGAUAGGAACUAUCCACCAUUAGAGAUCUUCAAUAUUCUUCUCCCACCAUAGCUAUAGGACAUUAUAGAAGUAUGGACUAUUCAUAUUCCUUAGAAUAACCUUAUAGAGAACGUUAGGUUUGUAGAGAAGAAGGGAGGAAGGAAAAGGAUGCAAAUCAGACUUGGACUGAGAUAGUCACUAGAACAAGUGACAAUCUCUUUAUCUCUGCCAGUCUGGUACUAUCCAGAUGUGCUGGACUACAAUCUCCAUCAUCCCUGUUAGCGUGCCCAAUCCUCUAGCUGAAAGGAUGGUGGCACUGAUGGUCCCAUAUUCCUGGAAGGCUCCAUGCUUGGGGAAACUUUGUCUACCUCUUCAUAUUGAUCCCAGUUAAUGGGUGCCUGUUAUUCCUUUGUGACCUAAUCUGUCCAAAUUACACAACAUAUCAGGUCCCUUAUCCUGUUAUUGGGGUUGCUGCUGAAUUUAUACUCUUCAAGAGGCUGAUUUUCAAGAGUCCCAACUGUAGACAUAUGGUGGGAAGGGAAUUAAAAGCAAGGAAUGUAUAUUAUUAAACAUCUGUGCCCAGUAGCCCCUCUUCCUUGCUGCAGGCUUGGAGAAAGAAUAAUCCAGGAAAGGUGGUCCUGGGAUGCUGUCACAUACUUCCUGAAAAGAGUUUAAACCCCAUCUUGGCUUUCCUGUCCAAAUGAAACAAGUAUUUACUUUGUACACGUGUACUUCUCUGUAUUUAUAUGGAACAUUAAAUAUGCUUUGAUUAAUUCCA